AGUUAAUGUGAAGAUUUUGGUAUUCGGCAGGUUGCGCUUUGUGUAUGUUGAAAGAGAGGUGUAUUCAUUGUUGUUUAUCCUAUUGUCUCUAUUGUAUAUUUUAGAGAAUAUAAAGAGGAAUUACCAUGAUGUUACCGUUAUAACGUUAACAGGACUUCAACAGAUUAUUCAGUUAUGGGUUCGCCGUCUGGACACCAAUUUUCACCUGGGCGAUUCGUGGAUUACUUUGUUGUGUGUGGUCUCGAUCCCACAUCAGGCCUUCAUGCUGAUCAUUUAUCAGGUGAUAGUAAUCAUGUGCCACCAUUACAACGAGGGUACACAAGCCAGGUUUUGCAGCAUUACCCCAAAAAUGUUGACUGGAACCCAUUUGAUGAUGCUGGAGUUAAUAUGCUCUGUAUGCCAAAGGGUUUAUCAUUCCGUACACAUAGGGACAAGAGAGCACCACAUCUUCACUCAUUCCUGAUGACGCGUGAGGAUGGCACUCGAGUACAUGGUGCAGCGCUCACAUUUUAUGAACCAGUAGAAGAUCAAGGGAUAUGCAUUUCUAUGCAGGCUCUUCACACAAAGUAUCAAAACGAGACAAGGAACCGUGAGAAUGAAAUCAAAGUGUACGGUGGCAGUCCGCAGAUAAGUCGCCGUAAUUCCACCCAAUCUUAUGCAACUUUUCCAAAGAUGGCUAGUCGCCGGCCAUCUGCAUCAGCAAUUGGACGGAUCUCUCCUAAAAUUGUGCGACGUAGUGAUGCUCUCCUUUGCCAGAACAAAAUUGGGACCUACAAUUUUCCUAAAGACAGACUGUACGUCACAAAGUGUAUUUGCCUGAUUAUGCAAAUGCCCUAUAUCAAAUCCUGCUUCAAAUUCUUAAUGCAAAUAGAGGAUCUAAUUGCUAGUAAGGAACCACCAAAAAUAUUGCUUGAAAGUUGUUUGUACAACCUUCUGUAUGAAGUUCCUCUGCCUCCUCCAGGACGUAGCAUGAAAUUCAGUGCAAUCAGUGAGAGCAUCUUUUGCCAGUGCCCAGCUAAUAAUGAACUGCCUCUCUUUGAGUAUCCUUUACAGGAACUCUUCAACCUUCUGAGUAUUGACAAUAUUGUAGAAUUAUACACAUGUGCACUAUUGGAACAUCAAAUUUUAUUGGUGUCCAAAGAUUACCAAAGACUGAUGGUAGUUGCAGAAAGCAUAUCCUGUCUGCUGUUCCCAUUCUCAUGGCAACAUGUGUAUGUUCCCAUUCUACCAGCUUCGAUGCUUUAUUUUCUGGAUGCCCCAGUACCAUUCAUCAUGGGCCUUCAUCUGGAUGGCAGUGAAGACAACUCGCAGCUUGAAAUGACCAAUGAGGCUUCCUUGUGUUUUGUUGAUAUUGACAACCAUUCUGUGGAAUUUCCUGAAGAUUUGCCAUCAAUUCCUAACAAAGGAAAACUCAUUGAAGAAAUUGCAGAGACUCUUCACAAAUACAAUGUCACGCCAGACCUCACACCCGCAAGCAUUAAAAAUCCAGAGGGAAGCGAGGAUGAUCUUAGUAGGAAGUUUGAUUGCGGGCUUGAUACAGACCAUGAUAGUUCUUACUUCAGUUCAUGCAGUGAAAGCCCUGUGUCUAUGCCAAGCAUGCCAAGUAGACAUGAAAUUCUCUCCUCGAAUGAAAUCUUCAACAAGGUGGCAGACAUCGUAAAGAGGACUGGUGUGAUUACUGAUCUGCACAACAUCCAGCAAGGAACUGAAAAUGUGGAUGUGACGAGCAAAGAUGAUGAAUCUGAACAUGCAAGUAAAGAAGAUGUUGAUGAUAUGCUGUUUAAUAAUGCAAUAAGAGAGUCAUUUCUGUGGGUUAUGGUUAAUCUGUUACUACGCUAUGAAUCAUUCGUAAUACAACCCAAGCCAUCUACUGCACUUGAGACUUGGUUCGCAAAUAGAGAACACAUGCAAAAUUUCGACAAGGCUGCCUUCCUGUCUGACCAACCCGAGGCGUCGUUGCCAUUUUUAUCCGCUUUCAUCGAGACACAGAUGUUUGCAACAUUCAUUGAUAGUAAGAUCAUCUCCUCUGAGGUCAAGGAUCGUUCGCUAUGUAUAUUUGAUGAACGUGUUGAGUAUUCUAAGCAACAUGGGCCAACAUCACCCGUUGAUGAUACAUUUCCAAGCCCAUUCAUCAAAGAAGCAGAGGAGAUGAUCUUGCACCGUGCCAAGAACAUAGACUUCAUCCCUGCAAAGUCAAGCCACCAAAUAGGAAACAAUGAUACUCAGACUGAAUGGCGGUAUAAGUUCUUCCCGAUCCUCAAGUCAGAACUACUAAUUGAACCUACUAAAUCUCGUCACAGUAAGCAUCGAAGCUCAUUACAGUGGCGGGAAAGAGACCGGCAACAACAACACUUAGAACACUUAAGUCAGUCUCCAGAUGAGAGGAGGAGACUCAUUAAAGAAGCAACAGCAAAACCCAGGAAAGCAACUGUCAACAGUUUUUCACAUGCCAAUGCAGAGCAAACAAACACAAAAUUUGUUGGUGAACUUUUAACAGAAGUAAAAACAAAGACCAAGCGAUUACUAGUCUUCAAAAUGGGUCAGGAAGCUGUGGAACUGGGUCAUGGGGAAGUGAACAGAUCAGGAGUUGAGGAAAACACAUUAAUUGCAAGCCUCUGCGACCUAUUGGAGAGAAUCUUCAGUCAUCACAGUACAAAAAAACAGUGCAAGUCGGCCUUGUGGUCUCUCCUUAUGAGUUACAAACGAUUAAAAGACAAGAAGCACAAAGCAGAGAUGGCGCUACGGAAACAAAGCUUAGCCACAACAAUUGACACCAACACUGGACCUUCACGGAGUGUGUUGAUGUCCAGCAUGGAGGCCAUCAACAUGGGCAGGAGGAAGAGUACUGGUAGUAACACUGAACCAGUUGUACUGCCACCCAAUACAGAUCUUGUUUAUGAUAUGAGGAAGAUUCAAGCUAUGCCAGCCAUUAAGACUGAUGUGGGAUGUGCCCGUGCUUGGGUGCGACUGGCACUUGAACGCAAACUUCUCAACAAACACAUGAAAGAAGUGCUUUAUAACUCAGAACUUAUGAAGAAACGAUAUAAGAGGUGUGCUUUCCUCAGGACUGAUGAUGAGAAGGAACAAUUCCUGUUUCAUUUACUCUCGUUGGAAGCAGUGGACUUCUUUUGUUUUACUAAUGCAUUCCCAUCUGCAGUGGUUUCCUAUAAGGUUACUAUAUUCCAAAGUCGGAAAUUUCAGGCGGGGACGUCUGCCAAUCCGUGGAUCUGUCUAGCAGGUGAAAUGGGUGAGACAGGGAUGGUACGUUUACCAAAAUACUGCCAAGAGAUUCUAUUCGAGUACACAAAUUUAGGUAGGUUGAGUACUCUACGUAUUGGUCAUGAUGGGACCGGUAUUCUUUCACGAUGGAUGGUGGAGCAGGUGCUGGUUCGUAACCAAAUCACUGGCCACACGUAUAAAGCAUCAUGUGAGAGGUUACUAGUGGGACAGCUGAUAGCACCGUCCAAGAGGUUAGAUGAUGUAAUCAGAGUUAGGACAACUUCACCAAUGAUGACGGGAUCAGCAUCACCCACAUCACGCCGGAGGAGCAGCAGUCCUCCCAAACCAGGACGAGAUUCUCUACAAGAAACAUUGACAGAUGCUGUUAAUAACAUUGUCAAACAUUUCUACCGACCAGAAAAGGAGCGUGGAAGUCUGACUCUUCUGCUGUGUGGUGAGAUGGGUCUAGUGUACUGUCUGGAUGAGAUUCUGCAGCAUGGAUUCAAAUCAGCCAGGCUCUUCCGCAACAACUUUUUUGUUUGGGACUUCCUUGAAAAAGUAUGCAAAUAUCUGCAAAGUGUUGAUGAGGAUGACGAAGGACGAGAAAGCACUCAAGCAGAACGAUACUCUCGUGCAUCGUUCUGUAGAACAAUUAAUAACAUUAAUGAUGGUGCAAAGUACUCUGGAAAGGAUGGAAAAUUCCAAUUGUUUGUUUGCAUAGGAAUAAGGGAACACUUACUUCACCUCUGGAUUCCAAUAAUGGCCAACACACCAGUUACAGAUAGCAUGUAUGAAGAAUUCUCGUUUCUGUUACACGAGCCAUCACGGGUGUUUCUGACAGACAUUUUAAAAUCUCUAGAUGAGUUCAAUUUCAUGUUGGAAGCAUCUUUAACAAAAGGAUACUCAGUCUAGAGGCUACAAUAGGAGUGUGUAGCUAAUUGAUAAAUGGCCACACUAGCAAGUGGUGUGCCGUGCUGAUAAACAGUUAGAUGAAGUGCUAACGAUUGAUUGAUUGAAUUUUACAUCAAUAAGUGAAUGGUUUAAUCUAGCAAAUCUGUACAGCAUACUGUUGAGCUAAAGGGGAUAAACAUGUCAAAGCUCUUGUAGCGUCCAUCAUGAAUUUCUGCUGGAAACAGCCAAUUUUGUGUGUGAUCAAACUGCUUCAGCAUAGAUGAUUAAGACACAAUUCCUCAGGGUUUGUGGUUCUUUUUUUUUCUUGUAUGACUUCCAGCCUUUUAGAUACAUCUCAAAUUAACCACCUUAUUUUUCAUACUUGUAUACCUGUCCAGUAUGUAUUUUUGAAAUCUACAGUUGGUGUGCUCUAAAUUUAUUCCCUUUUGUAUGAUUCAAUUGGUUGUUUUCCAAGAUAUUCAGUAUUUUUAAAAGUAAAUCAGACAUUGCAGGAUGUUGGGGCAAUUUAAGUUUAACCAUUUUAGGUACAAGAAUAUGCCAAAGAUAUUCUUAACGGUGCAGAAUCCAGAAUUGAGAAAAUACCUGCCAACCUAACAAAAUUUAUAACAGGAAUAUGUGAGUGUAAAUAUUGAAUGUAAAUAUGUAUUAUUGUACACUUGAGAGUCUGAACAGCAAUAAUUAUCUUGUGAUUGAUAGAUAAAUAUCAAUCGACCAAGUCUAUAAAUUAGAUGAUGCUGUCAACCAGAAAAUACUAAAUGCUCUGUAUUGAUUUUAUCACCAAAUUAAACGUAUACUGUCUGUCAUACAAUAUGGCAAAACCCACAAAAAGUUUCUAAAAAGGGUCAAAUGAGUUUAUUUUGAUGAUUCUCAAACAUUUUUGUUGAUUUGCAGACCUUUUGCUGUGAAAUUCAUUCAGUUGAUUUCCUGUUGAUUUAAGGACAAAAUAAAAAUAUUAAAUAUUGCUACUUGUUCUUCAAUGAUUAUUCAAAUAAUUCAAAUGGAGCUUACUACCUAGGCCUAUGUUUCCGCUACUAGCUUCAAUCACUUUGAUCGUGUAAAUGACAUCUUGUCGUUUUCAUGACGUUAAUCUUAUGUGAUCUUGCAAAAUAUUAAUUAUAAAUUUAUUCCAGAUGAUGGUUUAUUUUUAACGUUCUUUAUGUCAUCCCAGAUGUAUAUCUUUAAUAUUAAUGCCUAAGGACAACAUUGAAUAUUGUUGUUUUGUCGUUGAAAUCUUAAUAAUUUUAAAAUAAUUAUUGCUUUCAUAUGUCAUUUCAUCAUUGGUAAAUCUUAGAGUGAUGACAAAAUUUUCCCUCGUUUUGAUGAUAAAAAUCUAAAACUGCAUGUACACACUCUUGUAAAAUCCCUGUUUGUUUUUGAAUCUAGUAUCCAACCCAGUAAUAGUGAACUAUAACUGAGGGUGUAUUUGUAGGAUUAUUUUAAGUAUUUCCAAUGCAUUAAAUGAUCUAAUAAACGUCUCUCUCAAAUAUGCACCUCUCUUUUGAGAAAUGCUCUCAAAUAAGGAUAACACCAAACAUGCACAGUAUUUCUUUUACUCAUCGCAUUUCUAGACUAAGAUCUAUGGCGCUUAUCAUCAUGAUGCAUUUUUUGUAUCAUUGAGGAACUAUAAAACAACUGAUUUCUCACAAAUAUUUAAAUAUUAAACUUGUAACAUAUCAGAGAGGCCUAUGUACAACACAUGGUACGAUUUCAACUCUCAAUAAUUUGCAAUAAGCGCCUUUCUCGUAUAAGCUCCGCACUGAAGUCUCAAAAAAUGUGAUAAGCGUUAGGGCACUUAUUUGGUCAUUUACGCUGUAUUUUACUUUACUCGUUAGAUUAUAGAACAUCUUGUGUAUUAACCAACUGUCAUAAUUGCUACACAUAAAAAGUUCUGAUUUUUAUUUCAAAUACUUUUGACAUUGUAUCAUACUUAAUUUACCAGUCUGUUUAAUCGAGACUGUAAAGUAAAAUUUAGUACUGAAGAUAUAUUUCUACAUGUAUUCAUGUGCAAGUAUUAACCUCAAAACAUAGACAAUGAUUUCUUUGAAUAGUGAUAGAUUUUUUGAUAAGAUUUGUAUGGGGAAUUAUUGUGAAAAUUAUGACAAAUUCUAGUGCAAUGUUGUGUUAAGGACAGCUGGAUUAUGCAAAUUGUGAUUCCAGUCAAAAUUUAGGUCAAAAUAUUUAAGACAUUUUAGCAAUUACUCAUUUUAGUAAUGAAUAAUAAUGAUUAUUGUUAUACUUAUCAAUAGAUGUUUUAUGUUUCUGUGCUUUUUGUUUGAAGACAAAUGUCCAUUUUGACCAUAAAGUACUGUAUUACUGUUUUAUACAGCAUUAUCUUAUCUUUAUCUGCCAUUUAUAUAUUAAGGUGUGUUUGAUAUGGUUACUAAAUGUUAAGUUUAAUCAGCAUGAACUUAUGAAAUAACAGGCUGAAAUCUUGUCGCAAAAUUAAUACUGGUGGGUUAAAUGGAAGAAGACUUACUCAGCAGUGCAGGACAGACACUAGUAAGAUGUACUGAAUAUAAUACACAAAAUUAUGAUAGAAAAGAAUAUGAACUUAGCAGUGGAUAUCAGUUGUACUGCAUAGAACAUAAGUAGUAGUGAUGAUAAUGAAUCCUAAUAAUGGAUAUUUAAUUUUACUGAAUAUGACAUCCAGUAUGUAGUGAAUGAUAGUGUAGUAUGUAAACCUGAUGGUAUGUAUUCAGUUGUACUGAAUAUAACAUAAUUAUGUUGUAAUUAUAGUGAGGGAUAUAAACCUUGGCCAUGGAUUUUCUGUUGUACUGGAUACAACAUAAUUAUUUGUGAUGAUAGUGAAAGAUAUAAACCUGGCCAUUGAUAUUUUGUUUUACUAAAUAUAACAUAAUUAUCUUGUGAUGUAAGUAAAGGAUAUAAACCUGGCAGUGUAUAUCAAUAUAAUGAUAGCAAAGAAUAUAAAGCCACGAAAUUCAGUUCUACUGAAUACAAUGAUAGUGAAGGAUACGAAACUGGUAGUGGAUAUCAAUGUACUAAAAUAACAUGCAUAGGGAUAAUAAAAAACUUAAUUUUAAGACAUAUUGAAUACAACAUUAGUUUUACUUAUUGUAAAGGAAAUUAACCAAAUGUGGGUUAUGUUGUUGUUUUUGUGGGUUAUUAAUGUAUCAUUAAUAGUCAUAAAUAUUGUUUAUAAUGUAUCUAAACAUAAUUAGUUGUUUGAUGAUGUUUAAUUAUGAUAAAUGAAUAUAAAUAAUGAUUCUUUUAUAUAAUCUUUCAGCAAAUUUUGUUUAUUGGUAUGUAUCUGACCAUCUUUAACAAUAUUUAUUUCUUUUAUAUACUCUGGCAUAUACAGGAAUGGAGAUUGUGGGUUAUGUUAGAAAGAAGUGCCACACUCCUUUAGCUAGAGUAUUAUUUUAUGAAUUUCUGGCUGAUUUCCAUUUGUUGUUUUGCUUGCAGAUGACAUGUUUUUUAUUUCUAUCCAUGUUACUAUAAGACUACCUCCUACCCCAGGUAGCUGAUUCUAAUAUUUCCACUGAUAAUAUAAUGAAGAUGAAGUAUCAGUAAUCCAAAAAACCAAUUCUGAUUAGAUCGUAAUGCCAUAUAAGACAGUAAGCUUACAAUGUUUUGCGAUGAAUUCGUCAUCAUAUACUAUGGUGCUAUAAUUAGGUUCUUAGUGGUUUAAUUACAAUAAUCACAUACGCAAUAUGCCUAUAGUAAUUUGAAAUUUUACUCUGUCAAUUCUGGACACAAGGUUUUAUUUCCAGUACAUAAAAUAUUAGAGGUACCCAACACAAAAAGUCAGUUCUGUAUGUAUGUAGAAGUCUGUGUUUAGUAGAAGUUUGUUUUGAUUUAUGUAAACAUUUUAAAGUGAUAUAUUUUUGUUGAUAUACCCCCUCAUGUGUGCUGUUAUUUGGGUUUCAAAAAAAGUGUAGCUCAUUUAAGUAGUUUUAAGAACCUUUCUUAUAUAACCUUCAUCUGUUGACACUUUGUGCACCAGACAGUUUUGAUGUGGUCAAACUGAUCUAUUAUUUGUUAGUAUAUAUGUAUAUAUACAGAUUGAUCUGUAUCCAGUAUUAUUACAUAAGUCCUAUUGAAGAAUUGAAAAUCAUUGUAGAUACAAUUUAACAGUACAGUAUUAUGACAUUGUUGACAAAAUGAAUGUCCAAGUUUUCUGAUUUACACAUUAUGUGAAAUUAAGAUAAACAACAAUUAUGUAAACCCCUAUUUAUGUGGACGAUAUACAAUAAUAGGACAACUUAAUGUUAUAUUUCUGGGGGGAAAAAAUGAGAUAGAUUCAAGGGAACAAGCCAUGGGGGGAUGGUAUCACUUUUGUUUGAAUCAAUGAUUUUCUUGAUAUUUUAUUUUUAUAGUUUGUAAGUAAAUAUUUGUUUUGUGCUAGUCUAAAGUGUUUAGUCCAAAAAAUGAGGGGGGAUAUUUUCCAUGGUUUUAUUAUGACUCACUUGAUUCCUUGCCAUCCACUGUAUUUCAUUUAUCAAUAUAUUUUCAUUGUAUUAUGAACCUAUCAUUUUUCCAAAGUAAAUGAAAUUUUAAAUUUCA